GAAUCAGGAGAAGCGCAACUCUCGGGAGUCGACAGCCGGCCCGGCCAAACGCUCUGGUGCUGCUUCUUUUGUUUGCAUGACGUAUCGUCACUCUGUUCUUUCCUAAAUUAUAGGUAGACAUCGACACUUCCAAAGGCUUCAAUGCUGUCGCUACGCCGUGUGUUCCUCUCCGCGAGGCCAAUUCCAGCUGCCCCUCCUUCCGCUCUCCGCGCCUGCUGCUUCACCACAACCACUCCCCUCCCUCAAAAACCACUUCCACCACGCCCCACAAUCGAAGAAUCAGACAUCACAGAAGCUUUCCUCAAAGGCACAGGACCCGGAGGCCAAAAGAUCAACAAGACAUCCUCAGCCGUACAAUUAAAACACCUGCCCACCGGAAUCGUGAUAAAAUGUCAGGAAACUCGAAGUCGCAGUCAAAACCGCAAAAUCGCAAGACGCAUCUUGGCAGAGAGGAUCGAACUCUUGACUCUAGGAGAUGACAGUCGUGCCGCUUUGAAAGCUGAGAGGGAAAAGAAGAAAAAGGCGAGUAAGAACAAGAAGGCUAGGAGAAAGUAUCGCAAGCUUGAAGAUGGCAAGGAGGUUGAAGUCGACGAGGAAGAUGAGGGUGAAGACGAGGUGCCAGAGAUACGCGAUAUCGAGGUGCGACAAGAUGGCGUGGAAGAACCACCUGCACCGGCUGCGCAUACUGUUCAGUCGCACGACAAGCCAGUUUGAGAAGCCCUGAGAAUAUUGCAUGCUGGUGUUGCACAAACUUCUUCAUACCCUGGCAAGAUUGCGCAACUCUGCUGCAAUUAUAUUCUCGCAGUCCACGUCAAUGUCUUGCUCUAUUUCCAUCAGCCUGGGUCAGAUACGCUCCUCUCAGAAGAGUAUUGCAAUCCCCAUAACAGUAGGCUUGACUAGAAUUAAUAAUGUACGCAUUAAUAAUUGAGUUAAUAACCAUUAAUAAUCC